UUCAGUAUUCAUUCUCUAAUUUAUCUCUCUCUGUGAGUCUGCAUUAAAACUAUCACUUUCAUUGCAGAUAUACCUCAUAUAGUUUUGUAUAAAGCAUUGGUGACGGUCUUUGAUCAUAUUAGUCCUGUGAUAUCUAGCUCGGUUCGGUUUUCGGAUUUUUUUCUCAUGGAGUUUGGGAGGUUUCUGUCCCUCUUGUUCUUGGUGUGCUUGACGACUUUUCUCCCUGCAACAGAAGGUUACAGGUUUUACGUUGGUGGGAGAGAUGGAUGGGUUUUGAAACCAUCUGAGAGUUACAAUCACUGGGCUGAGAGGAACAGGUUCCUUGUCAAUGACACCCUCUAUUUCAAGUACAACAAAGGAUCGGACUCUGUUCUGGUAGUGAACAAAGACAGCUUCUUCAACUGCAACACAAGCAACCCCAUUCAGAAGCUAGAAGAGGGCAACUCCGAGUUCAAGUUUGAUAGUUCUGGACCAUUCUACUUCAUCAGUGGCCAACCUGGUAACUGCGCAAAUGGUCAGAAGCUGAUCAUCAUCGUUCUCGCCGUCAGGCACAGGCAAACUCCACCGGCUCAGCCUUCUUUGGCUGCGCCACCCCAAGGCUCGGCCCCAGCUCUAGCUCCAUCAUCAUCAUCAACAUCAUCACCCUCACAGGCGCCAAGUUCUAACCCAACAACAUCUCCCGUUCCAGCUCCGGCGGCCGCUACUACUCCAACCUUGUCCCCUCCCAGCCCCAUGGAGACUACACCAACACCGUCCGGAGAUGCUCCGUCCGGGGACGCGUCGCCACCACCACCAGGGUCUAACCAGGACUCAACAGCACCGUCCGGAGCGUAUGGUGUAACGGCAUCGAGUGUGUUGGUGUCUUCGGUUGUUGUUUUGGUCAGCUUGCUUUUAUGAGCAGCUUUAAUUAGGUCAAAUAAGCUUAGUUCAUAAAAUUCAUUGUCAUUUUAUUAGAUUUUUUUUUCUGGUUGUUGCUGGAUCAUAUGUGUGUCUGCUGAGAGUUGAGGGAUGAUUGUUUUGGGUCUUUAUUAUUUGUACUACAAGUUAUCAAUGGAGAGGGUGUUUUGCUA